AUGCUAGGCUCAAGUGCCACUGCCCGAGGGCAUGACUAUGACUGGAUGUGGUGCCUCGUGAGCCGCCGGGAGACCGCAAGCUCCGUGAACGACCGCCUAACAGCGGCCUUGUCUCCUAACGCCGGGCAUCUAGAUGCCGAUGUGGAUGUCAGUGGGGCUAUAUCUCACUCUGAGAUGACCGUGCACCCGUCAAAGGCCCUCGUGAGGGCCUCGUGGGUAUCCACGAGUCGUUAA